AUGUCUUCAAUUGCCAAACGUGAAUUUACUGAGCUUGCCAUUAUGUCUUCAAUUGCCAAACGUGAAUUUACUGAGCUUGCCAUUGAGUCUUCAAUUGCCAAACGUGAAUUUACUGAGCUUGCCAUUGACGGUAGCAACUAUUUGACUUGGGCCUUAGAUGUUGAAAUGCAUUUGACAUCAAAGAACUUAAAGCAAACUAUUGCUGAUGAGUCACAAAGCACUGAUGCCCAGAAGGCACAAGCUCUUAUUUUCCUACGCCACCAUUUGAAUAACGAUUUUAAAAAUGAGUAUUUGAUUGAAAAAGACCCACAUGCAUUAUGGAAGUCCCUGAAGGACCGAUUUGACCAACAACUAUCAAUUGUCCUCCCUCAGGCACAAUUUGACUGGCUGAAUCUGAGGUUUCAAGAUUACAAAUCUGUAAUUGAAUAUAAUUCAGCCUUGCACAAAAUUGUAUCACAGCUGAAGCUCUGCAAACAUGAAGUUUCAGAGUCUGAUUUAAUUGAAAAGACUUUUUCUACUUUUCAUGCGAGUAACCUUGUACUCCAGCAGCAGUACAGGGCUAAGAAUUAUGACAAACACUCUGAACUAAUUUCAGCACUUCUUGUGGCUGAAAAACAUAAUCAGUUGUUGAUGAAAAAUCAUAAUGCACGACCAGUUGGCUCUGCACCUGUGCCUGAAGCACAUAAUAUUGCCAAAGGGUGGAAAAAUAGAAGAGGUCGUGGUAAGGGUCGUGGUGGUAGACACGGUCGCGGUAAUCGUAGAGGUAUGGAACGUAUUGGUUUUGUCCCGGAAGGUCAAAGCUCAUACAAUCGCGGUAACCGUAGGGGUACAGAACGCAUUAUUCUUACCCAAGGAAAUCAAAACUCAUCAAAGAAAAACUCUGGUCAUAAACAGGUUUGCUACCGAUGCGGAUGUAGUGGGCACUGGUCCCGUACAUGCCACAUACCAAGGCAUUUGGUUAAUGCUUAUCAAAUGAUGAUGAAGAAAGAUGAUAAGCAACCAACAAAGAAUGAAUCUCAUCAUGCCAGUACCAGUUUGCCUGCAGCAAACGCGGUCAUAAAUAAUGAUGAUGAUGAUCUCCUGAUGAAUUAUGAAAUUGGAGAUUUUGAGCUUGAAGAAUAG